AUGAAGAAAACAGACUACUGCGCAGUGAUGCACUCCACGGGAAUGUCCAAAUCCAAGAGUCAUUGCAUUCAAAUCUUUCUCCAUCCAACUUCUGCUGCCGGUGGAGAGCAGCAUCCGUGCCGACGGCUCCUGUGCUCCGGCAUCAAGUUGGAAAUGAGUGCUUUUGAGAGGAGGAUGCUGCUGAUGCUGAUGCUGCCGCCGCCGCUGCAUCCCAGCCCACGAAUACGCGUCCUGCUCUCGUCGUGGUUGGGCUGGGAGAGCCCUACAUCCCAUCACACAUAUCCCCCGGUUGUUACGUUUGAACGCGCGAGCCACCUCUAUACGACCCGGACAGCCGUGGUUCCUGCUAGCUUCCUAAAGUACAAACUUGAAGCCCUUUGCUUUGUAUGGAAGCGGUCAGCAUCAGAGUCAGGGUUCACGUGCCGUCCAGACAUGAGAACCCCUAUAGUGUUGUCACUGCUGCUACUAAACAUACAUCACGUUUUAUCAGCACCCAAGGGCGUCACAGCCAGUCUUAAAGCCAAAUGGAGCAUGACACCUUUCCUCUUGGAAACAAGUGAGUUUAUUGGAGAAGAUAGUGCUGAAAAAUUCUGGCAGUUUGUAAGCACUGUGAAAGAACUCACCGUUUACAAACAUGGAGAGUCUGUGCGCUCCUAUUACAACUUGGUCAUUAAGAAGGCGGGCCAGUUCCUCACAGAUCUCCAAGUUAAUCUCCUCAGAUUUGCCCUGGCCCUCCGGUCAUUCUCACCCGCUGUCCAUGCGUUCCAGCAGAUAGCCAGUGAUGAGCCUCCACCUCCGGGUUGCCCUGCCUUUGUGUCUGUCCAUGGCCAACUUAGCUGCAGCUCCAAGGACAUCAAGAAGCUUCUGAAAGCAGCUGCCAGCAGGCCCAAACCGUAUUUGUACAAGAAUGACCACAUAUAUCCAGGGGUAAACGGAACAGAUGUGCCAGUCGCGAUCCUGUAUGCAGAGCUCGGAACCAAGAAGUUUGCAUCUUUCCAUAAGGUGCUGUCAGAGAAGGCUGAGCAGGGUGCACUUAGAUAUGUCCUGCGGCAUUUUGUGGCGAAUCCAAAGCCUCAAAAGAUGCUAUUAUCUGGAUAUGGUGUUGAGUUGGCCAUCAAAAGCACAGAGUACAAAGCCGUGGAUGACACCAAAGUUAAAGAUUCAAAGACUGUGACAAAUGCUGAGGAGGAUGAUAAUGAUGAGGUCCAAGGGUUCUUUUUUGGAACACUAAAAAAAUCUCAUCCUGAGCUACAAGAACAACUCGGUGAGCUUCGCAAGCAUCUGCUGGAGAGCACAAAUGAUAUGGCACCUCUUAAAGUAUGGGAAAUGCAAGACCUAAGUUUCCAGGCUGCUUCUAGAAUCAUGUCUGUUCCAAAGUUUGAUGCUUUGAAGGUCAUGCGCGACCUCAGUCAGAACUUUCCAAGCAAAGCAAGAUCACUGACAAGAGUGGCCGUAAAGCAGGAAAUGAGAAAAGAAAUUGCAGAGAACCAAAAGCAUCUCAGUGAGACUAUUGGCAUUCACCCUGGAGAUGGAGAGCUCUUUAUCAAUGGACUGCACAUUGAUCUGGACACUCACAACCCUUUCAGCAUCUUGGACAUCCUAAAAGCAGAGGCCAAGGUCUUGGAGGGGCUGCAUAGUUUGGGGAUUAAGGGAGAACACCAGGCCAAGCUGCUGAGGUUACCUUUGAACGCCGUGGCUGACAGCUAUGCCUUAGAUAUAAGACAUCCAGCUAUAAUGUGGAUGAAUGACAUUGAGAAUGACCAUUUGUACCGCAGCUGGCCAACAGGUGUCCAGGAGCUCCUCAGAGCCACCUUCCCUGGCGUUAUUCGACAGAUCAGACGUAAUUUCUUUAACCUGGUACUGUUUCUAGAUCCACUGCAAGAAGGAAGUGUUGAACUGUUGAAACUGGCUCAGCUUUUCUACAAGCAUAAGAUCCCCCUGAGAAUUGGAUUUGUGUUUGUUGUCAACCCCAAAGAUGAGAUUGAUGGCUUCACAGAUGCAGGAGUUGGAUUUUACAGACUGCUGAAUUACAUUGCAGACGAGUAUGAUUUAUCCCAGGCUGUGCUGUCUAUGGUCUCACUGUGCAGCAAAGGGGAUGUGGGGGAGACACUGACUGUUGAAACAAUCACUGCUUACCUGAAAAGGAAAUACCCAAACGCCAAUCCUGAAAGGAUUUUUGGAGUCGAAUCUGAAUAUGACCAUAAAAGAAAGGACGGUGCCUUAUUCUACAGAAAGAGUGGCCUGGGUGCCUUGCCUCUGGCUUUAUUUAAUGGAGUCCCCCUGAACCCAGAUGAGAUGGACCCAGAGGAGUUGGAAACCAUAAUCCUGCAGCGCAUAAUGGACACCACAACUGCCUUUCAGAGAGCCGUCUUUAUGGGACAGUUAACCGAGAGCUCAGAUGUGGUGGACUAUCUAAUGGAACAAGCUAACGUGGUCCCCAGGAUGAACCCGACUAUUUUAAGCACUGACCGAAAGUACCUUGACUUCACUGGCACACCAGUUGUAGAUGACUGGGAAGACACAACUGUGUUUUCAUUCUUGGAUUCCAGAGACAAAACAGCUGUGGUAGCUAAGAAAAUCAAGUACUUCACCAAUAGUGAUGAGGAUGGAAUGACUGCUGUGACCAUUUGGAUUGUUGGAGAUUUUGAGAAGGUUUCUGGAAAAAAGCUACUGCUCAAUGCUCUUAAACAUGUGAAGUCGAGUCGUGGUGUGCGCGUUGGGGUGAUAGAUAACCCCAGUGGAAAGCCCUGCGAAGAUAACACUGUGCUGUACAGGGCUGUCUGGGCUUCUCUUCUCACCCAGAAGAAUAAGGCUGCAGCAGAGUUUGUGAACAAACUCCUGAAAGAGGAAAGCAGCCAGCUCCUCCAGCAGGGGACCAAGAUGAAGGACUUACUGAUGCAGGGCAUGGAUGUAGAUGCCUUUGAGAAAAAAUUCAACACGCUGGAAGUUGAUUUUAUCCACAGUCAGCAGCUGUUCUGUCAAGACGUCCUGAAGCUCCUUCCUGGACAACGGGCAGUGAUCAUCAAUGGCAGGAUCCUCGGUCUGUUUGAAGAGCAGGAAGAAUUCACUCUGGAGGAUUUCCACUUGCUUGAGAGGAUUACACUGAGUGGUUCAGCAGAGAAAGUCAAAGCCAAAGUGAAGCAGAUGGGGAUGAAGCCAAAGCAUGAACGCGACUUAGUUAUGAAAGUCGAUGCUCUCCUUAAUUCAGCCCCCAAGGGAGAGGUCAGACGAGACGUCCAUUUUACCAAAGACAGCCACAGCGUGCUCCACCUCUCACCACGUGAAGCCGAGGUGUUCUAUGAUGUUGUGGCCAUCGUCGACCCUCUCACUCGAGAGGCACAGAAGAUAUCUCAGCUGCUCAUUGUUCUUAGUCAAGUGGUCAAUGUGAAACUGCAGCUGUUUCUGAAUUGCAGGGCCAAGUUGUCCGAGAUGCCCCUCAAGAGUUUUUACCGUUUCGUCCUGGAAUCUGAUGUUACUUUCCUGGCCAAUGAGACGGUGUCUCCGGGGCCAGUUGCCCGUUUCAUGGAGCUCCCAGAAUCGCUGCUCCUCACCCUAAAUAUGAUCACAUCAGAAAGCUGGAUGGUGGAGGCAGUGCACAGCCUGCAUGACCUGGACAACAUCCAUUUGCAGGAGAUCAAUGGCGUUGUGGCGGCAGAGUUUGAACUGGAGCACCUGUUGCUGGAGGGCCACUGCUUUGACCUGUCAACCGGUCAACCCCCUCGUGGACUGCAAUUUACGCUGGGCAUGAGUCAGAACCUGGUCUUGUAUGACACAAUUGUCAUGGCUAACCUGGGAUAUUUCCAACUGAAAGCCAAUCCAGGGGCCUGGACCCUAAGACUGCGGAAAGGGAGAUCAGAAGAAAUAUAUCAGAUUCUCGCGCAUGAUGGAACCGAUUCCCCGGCAGAUGCCGGUGAUGUCAUAGUUGUGAUAAACAGUUUCCACAGCAAGAUCAUCAAAGUCAGGGUGCAGAAAAAGGCUGAGAAGAUCAAUGAAGAUCUCUUAAGUGAAACUAGUCAAAGCAAAGGCAUAUGGGAGUCCAUAGCAAGCAUCACAGGCGGCGGCUCCAAGAAAGAUGAUGGAGAGAAGAAAAAGGAGGAUGUUUUAAACAUAUUUUCUGUGGCCUCCGGUCAUCUUUAUGAGCGCUUUCUCAGAAUAAUGAUGCUUUCUGUCCUUCGACACACAAAAACGCCCGUGAAGUUCUGGUUUCUCAAGAACUACCUGUCUCCUUCUUUCAAAGAGACCAUCUCUCACAUGGCAGAGUCAUAUGGCUUUCAGUAUGAGUUAGUGCAGUACAAGUGGCCCCGCUGGCUCCACCAGCAGACCGAGAAGCAGCGCAUAAUCUGGGGAUACAAGAUCCUCUUCCUGGACGUUCUGUUCCCCUUGGCUGUGGACAAGAUCAUUUUUGUGGAUGCUGACCAGAUAGUCCGGGCGGAUUUGAAAGAGCUGAGGGACUUGGACUUGGAGGGUGCUCCCUAUGGCUACACACCGUUUUGCGAUAGCCGCAGAGAAAUGGACGGCUACCGCUUCUGGAAAACCGGGUAUUGGGCUUCGCAUCUUGGAAACAGGAAAUACCACAUCAGCGCCCUUUAUGUGGUAGAUUUAAAGAAGUUCCGCAAGAUCGCAGCUGGGGACAGACUACGAGGCCAGUACCAAGCCCUGAGCCAGGACCCCAACAGCCUGUCAAACCUGGACCAGGACCUUCCCAACAACAUGAUCCACCAGGUGGCCAUCAAGUCUCUCCCUCAGGAGUGGCUGUGGUGCGAGACGUGGUGCGAUGACGCCUCAAAAGUCACAGCAAAGACCAUCGACCUGUGCAAUAACCCCAAGACCAAAGAGCCCAAGCUGAUGGCCGCGGCGCGCAUCGUGCCUGAGUGGGUCCUGUAUGACAACGAGAUAAAGCAGUCUCUGGGACAAGCCCCGGGACGGGAAGACAACGCAGCGUCCCCCCCUCAACAGAAAAAAGCAGACAACCAGCGUGAUGAACUUUAGCGCCUGCCAGCACCAUGCUGAAGAGGAAGGAGGCAGCACCUUUUGCAUGCAGGCCACCUGUGAAGCUUGAAGACAGACACUUCCAUCUAAACAUAGCCGUGGAGUGUUACAUCCCCAGCCGGAGAAGGAGGGUGUGAUAUUUUCGGAGACCCCAUAUCUGCCUCUGCAGUCAGUAGAUCUUACAAUACCGACACGUGACAUAACUGUUAACUGCCAGCUGUGAGAAAUGUUGCACUGACUGUCAAUUGGAGACUGAAGUUAAAAGAGGGGUCAGUCAAAGCACUAUUAUGUGUGUUUGAAACAGUUGGCCCAUUUUGCACUGAUGACGCAUGCAAAACAUCAGAAGGAGAAGGCACAUUUCUAAAUAUUUAACUGAGUUCUUUUGUUUGUGUUAAAUUGUUCCAUGGGGCUUCUGUGGGGCAUUCUUAAUUGACAUUAUACAUCAUAGAGGAGUCGGGACGUCUACGUCUGAAAUGCCAAACUGAAGUUGACUGUUACUAUGUUUCUCCAAUUGCAUAAAAGACUCGCACCAGGCCCAGACAACCAUUUAAGCCCCACCCACCACUGACAGCUGUCCAGUCCCUGUCCACUUGUUUUCUGUAUCUUUUAUACGUUCAUGAAGCAUUUAUUCCUCCCCUUCUCUGACUCAAUCGUUCAAUGCAGGUGAGUUUAAUCAGACCCCGUUGUAGGUUUCCAUUCCAGCUUCUAACUGAGGGCCUGAAUCUUUUUUUCAAGUAAGGAACACUUCGGGGGCAGUGCAAGUUUGGGAUUGACUCAGGAACAAUCACUACCUCCUACACAACAGCCCCCUGCAGGAAGUUUGGGUAAAUGUUUGUCCCUCCAGUCACAGUUCUUCUGACAUUUUAUUAUCCUGUAGUGUUCAUUUUUAGGAAUGUUUCCGAGUGUCACUCUCAAAUCAUGACUUUUUUUUUACCAACUAUAAUUGAAGUACUAAGAAACUUUAGCAGGAGAAUCUGGUGAAAAUAUUUAGAAACUGAUGAUGCUGGAAGAGAAGUUGGGUUUACAAAUGGUGGUCUGUCCCUGGGAGGUCUUCAGUUAAGCUUAGUCCUCAUUUUCAAACUAAUGAUCAUGUUUCAUGGGCAGUAACGUAUAUAGGAUUUUAAGUUAUUACAUUAUGUUUACAAGUUAUGUCAAUUCAUCACCUCAUGUUUAAAAUCUUUUUUUUUUUUCAUGAAAAAACAGUGUUUUUGUCUCAGGAAUAAGAGGUGAUGCUGUUCAACUAAAGCCAGCCAUAGUUCUGUCUUAACAGUCCAUUUUAAAAAAGAAACGAAAAAGGUGCUGCUCUUAGGGCAUUCAUUCAGUGUGUGGUGUCAAAUCAAAAUGUUUAUAACUGUUUGGAGAAAACAAAAGCCUUCGGUAUGAAGCUGUGUGGAUUCUUUCUUAUGAAAACCCGUCACCCUCCAGUCUCUUUGAUGUAAGCUUCUUACUUUGCUACGGUCUUCCCAUACAGGCCCUUAUCGUGUCUACAUAGUGAAGCAACAGUCUAAAUCCACCUUAAUGUACAUAAAUAGCUCUUUAUUUACACUUCAGAAAAACUCCAUUCAUAGAAAAAUACUUUGGAGCAAAUUGAAUGGUGUGAAUGGAUGAAUUAUAAUUUGGGAACUGUCAGUGUGGACAGCUGUUGACAGAAACUGCUUCACUCAAGGCAGAAAUUUGCUAGCAUGGCAACAGACUGUCCCCAUCAGAAUUCAAAUUUGCAUUAUUUAAAAAAAGAAAAAAAAAAGUCCCAUCUCUCACUG